AUGGUCUCCCAGGCUCAAGUGGUUGACCGUGCUGCAACGGUCCAAACUGCCUCGGUGUCGCGUCACUCUCACUCGGGUCGCCAUCGUUCGGGUCGUUCGCAUCACGGUGGCUCGCACUCGUCCCCAAAUGACUUCCCUAUCUUCACGUACACCGGCGAUACGGAGAUCGUAAUCCGUGCUGGAUCACAAGAGAAGCGUUACCUUCUCCAUAGACUAAUAUUGGCGCAAUGCUCCGGGUUUUUCGAGGCGAGCACGAACGAGGACUGGUCGCGCCAGCCCGCCUUGGGCCCGUCCAAAGCCGAGGGAACCUUGUCGCGAGUGAGCGAAGAUGAUUCCCUGUCCAAUGGAUCGACGCUGGUACCGUCCGAUCAUGGAGCGCUGCCGCUGCGACCUGGAGAAAAGAGACGCUGGCGCUAUGAACUAGACUGGGAGAAUCGUGCCGCGGAUGAAGAACCCAUUCUGGUACAAAAGCAACCAAGCUCCUUACCAGUGUUCAGCGGCGAUCCAACCCCAUUUCCACCCACGAGAACCAAGCCGUCCAAUGCACAAGCAGGCUUUUUCCGAUCUAUGGCAAACCUAGCGGGGGUGCAGUCGGUGGCCCAUCUGCCACCGACACAGGGUAUAGACCAUGAUGCCGCGGUCGAGCCCUUAAUCCGCGACUAUGACAAUCUCCUAUGCUUGUUCUAUAACCAUUCCCCGAUCCUCAACAGCGUCAACAUCGCCUCUGCUUAUACCGAGUGCAAGUCCCUCCUUGCAUUAGCAGACAUGUAUGACGCACUUCCGGUGACAGGCCCGCGCGUCGAUCACCACCUCCUAGGCUUCGGGUCGCGCCUCUUCAAGCAAAUCGCCAAAUACCCGCCGAGCUACUUGAAACUGGGGUAUCUCGCCCGCAGCCGGGUGAUCUUCUCAGAGGCACUGAUCCACGUUGUUGGCCAGUGGCCUGCCGCACUGCCUAACCUGCGCAAUGCUUCAUACUCGCCGUUGCCAGACUCGGUUCUCGACCUCAUCGAAGAUAAAUUCGAGGAUCUCGAAGACCUCAAGGCUCGAGUCGAGUCCAAGCUGUUUCGUUUAUCGCUUACAACUUCACGCGGCGAACGGGUUGGCCCUUCCAACGCGUACUUGGACUGGCUAGCCGUCUCCUUAUUCCGCCAGUGGCUGAUCGAGAGCACUACGCCGCCACCUACUUCGAUUCUCAAGAAUUCAUCCUCGACGCCGAACACCGGGUCCUCGCAGUCUGCCUCGGGCCCUCACAGUGCAAGCUCGUCUAGACCAACUGCACCGCCAGAUCCUGCUGCUCGCGUCUAUCGGUUGAUCGGGUCGCCUUCAACGCAUGCCUACCUCCCCCAUGACGAACUGAAACGUUUUCUCAAGCUCCAUCCCACACCCUCGUCAGACUCCGUGUACACUCGCGAAACCCUUAAACGGUUCGAACGAAAGAUGGAUGAGAUUAAACGGCUGGCCCGUGAGAUCGUCAAGCCCCUGAUGCGAAACUUCCUCGAACUCGAAUUGAAAAGCGGCCCCGACCAAGCCGUGGGCACUGGCGUGUCCCGUCGCGACGGUACUGUCGCCGGUGGAUUACCCUAUUUGACUUGCACUCGGAUCGAAGAUGCCGAUUUGCCCUGGAAAUGA